AUGCCUCACAUCCCGCUGACACCUCGAGAGGCACGCGGAGUUCAUUGCUUCAAAAGGCUCAAGACGUAUGCCAACUUCCCAGAAGCACCUCAGGAGGAGGCUUCUCUCAGCAAUAGGCUCAAGACGUAUGCCAUCUUCCCAGAAGCACCUCAGCAGGAGGCUUCUCUCAGCAAUAGGCUCAAGACUUAUGCCAACUUCCCAGAAGCACCUCAGGAGGAGGCUUCUCUCAGCAAUAGGCUCAAGACGUAUGCCAAUUUCCCAGAAGCACCUCAGGAGGAGGCUUCUCUCAGCAAUAGGCUCAAGACGUAUGCCAUCUUCCCAGAAGCACCUCAGCAGGAGGCUUCUCUCAGCAAUAGGCUCAAGACUUAUGCCAACUUCCCAGAAGCACCUCAGGAGGAGGCUUCUCUCAGCAAUAGGCUCAAGACGUAUGCCAACUUCCCAGAAGCACCUCAGGAGGAGGCUUCUCUCAGCAAUAGGCUCAAGACGUAUGCCAAUUUCCCAGAAGCACCUCAGGAGGAGGCUUCUCUCAGCAAUAGGCUCAAGACGUAUGCCAACUUCCCAGAAGCACCUCAGGAGGAGGCUUCUCUCAGCAAUAGGCUCAAGACGUAUGCCAACUUCCCAGAAGCACCUCAGCAGGAGGCUUCUCUCAGCAAUAGGCUCAAGACGUAUGCCAACUUCCCAGAAGCACCUCAGGAGGAGGCUUCUCUCAGCAAUAGGCUCAAGACGUAUGCCAACUUCCCAGAAGCACCUCAGGAGGAGGCUUCUCUCAGCAAUAGGCUCAAGACGUAUGCCAACUUCCCAGAAGCACCUCAGGAGGAGGCUUCUCUCAGCACUAGGCUCAAGACGUAUGCCAACUUCCCAGAAGCACCUCAGGAGGAGGCUUCUCUCAGCAAUAGGCUCAAGACGUAUGCCAACUUCCCAGAAGCACCUCAGGAGGAGGCUUCUCUCAGCCAUAGGCUCAAGACGUAUGCCAACUUCCCAGAAGCACCUCAGGAGGAGGCUUCCCUCAGCAAUAGGCUCAAGACGUAUGCCAACUUCCCCGAAGCACCUCAGGAGGAGGCUUUUCUCAGCAAUAGGCUCAAGACGUAUGCCAACUUCCCAGAAGCACCUCAGGAGGAGGCUUCUCUCAGCCAUAGGCUCAAGACGUAUGCCAACUUCCCAGAAGCACCUCAGGAGGAGGCUUCCCUCAGCAAUAGGCUCAAGACGUAUGCCAACUUCCCAGAAGCACCUCAGGAGGAGGCUUCUCUCAACAAUAGGCUCAAGACGUAUGCCAACUUCCCAGAAGCACCUCAGGAGGAGGCUUCUCUCAACAAUAGGCUCAAGACGUAUGCCAACUUCCCAGAAGCACCUCAGGAGGAGGCUUCUCUCAGCAAUAGGCUCAAGACGUAUGCCAACUUCCCAGAAGCACCUCAGGAGGAGGCUUCUCUCAGCAAUAGGCUCAAGACGUAUGCCAACUUCCCAGAAGCACCUCAGGAGGAGGCUUCUCUCAGCAAUAGGCUCAAGACGUAUGCCAACUUCCCAGAAGCACCUCAGGAGGAGGCUUCUCUCAGCAAUAGGCUCAAGACGUAUGCCAACUUCCCAGAAGCACUUCAGCAGGAGGCUUCUCUCAGCAAUAGGCUCAAGACGUAUGCCAAUUUCCCAGAAGCACCUCAGGAGGAGGCUUCUCUCAGCAAUAGGCUCAAGACGUAUGCCAACUUCCCAGAAGCACCUCAGGAGGAGGCUUCUCUCAGCAAUAGGCUCAAGACGUAUGCCAACUUCCCAGAAGCACCUCAGGAGGAGGCUUCUCUCAGCAAUAGGCUCAAGACGUAUGCCAACUUCCCAGAAGCACCUCAGGAGGAGGCUUCUCUCAGCAAUAGGCUCAAGACGUAUGCCAACUUCCCAGAAGCACCUCAGGAGGAGGCUUCUCUCAGCAAUAGGCUCAAGACGUAUGCCAUCUUCCCAGAAGCACCUCAGCAGGAGGCUUCUCUCAGCAAUAGGCUCAAGACGUAUGCCAACUUCCCAGAAGCACCUCAGGAGGAGGCUUCUCUCAGCAAUAGGCUCAAGACGUAUGCCAACUUCCCAGAAGCACCUCAGCAGGAGGCUUCUCUCAGCAAUAGGCUCAAGACGUAUGCCAACUUCCCAGAAGCACCUCAGGAGGAGGCUUCUCUCAGCAAUAGGCUCAAGACGUAUGCCAACUUCCCAGAAGCACCUCAGGAGGAGGCUUCUCUCAGCAAUAGGCUCAAGACGUAUGCCAACUUCCCAGAAGCACCUCAGGAGGAGGCUUCUCUCAGCAAUAGGCUCAAGACGUAUGCCAACUUCCCAGAAGCACAUCAGGAGGAGGCUUCUCUCAGCAAUAGGCUCAAGACGUAUGCCAACUUCCCAGAAGCACCUCAGGAGGAGGCUUCUCUCAGCAAUAGGCUCAAGACGUAUGCCAACUUCCCAGAAGCACCUCAGGAGGAGGCUUCUCUCAGCAAUAGGCUCAAGACGUAUGCCAACUUCCCAGAAGCACAUCAGGAGGAGGCUUCUCUCAGCAAUAGGCUCAAGACGUAUGCCAACUUCCCAGAAGCACCUCAGGAGGAGGCUUCUCUCAGCAAUAGGCUCAAGACGUAUGCCAACUUCCCAGAAGCACCUCAGGAGGAGGCUUCUCUCAGCAAUAGGCUCAAGACGUAUGCCAACUUCCCAGAAGCACCUCAGGAGGAGGCUUCUCUCAGCAAUAGGCUCAAGACGUAUGCCAACUUCACAGAAGCACCUCAGGAGGAGGCUUCUCUCAGCAAUAGGCUCAAGACGUAUGCCAACUUCCCAGAAGCACCACAGGAGGAGGCUUCUCUCAGCAAUAGGCUCAAGACGUAUGCCAACUUCCCAGAAGCACAUCAGGAGGAGGCUUCUCUCAGCAAUAGGCUCAAGACGUAUGCCAACUUCCCAGAAGCACAUCAGGAGGAGGCUUCUCUCAGCAAUAGGCUCAAGACGUAUGCCAACUUUCCAGAAGCACCUCAGGAGGAGGCUUCUCUCAGCAAUAGGCUCAAGACGUAUGCCAAUUUCCCAGAAGCACCACAGGAGGAGGCUUCUCUCAGCAAUAGGCUCAAGACGUAUGCCAAUUUCCCAGAAGCACCUCAGGAGGAGGCUUCUCUCAGCAAUAGGCUCAAGACGUAUGCCAACUUCACAGAAGCACCUCAGGAGGAGGCUUCUCUCAGCAAUAGGCUCAAGACGUAUGCCAACUUCCCAGAAGCACCACAGGAGGAGGCUUCUCUCAGCAAUAGGCUCAAGACGUAUGCCAACUUCCCAGAAGCACAUCAGGAGGAGGCUUCUCUCAGCAAUAGGCUCAAGACGUAUGCCAACUUCCCAGAAGCACCUCAGGAGGAGGCUUCUCUCAGCAAUAGGCUCAAGACGUAUGCCAAUUUCCCAGAAGCACCACAGGAGGAGGCUUCUCUCAGCAAUAGGCUCAAGACGUAUGCCAAUUUCCCAGAAGCACCUCAGGAGGAGGCUUCUCUCAGCAAUAGGCUCAAGACGUAUGCCAACUUCCCAGAAGCACCUCAGGAGGAGGCUUCUCUCAGCAAUAGGCUCAAGACGUAUGCCAAUUUCCCAGAAGCACCUCAGGAGGAGGCUUCUCUCAGCAAUAGGCUCAAGACGUAUGCCAACUUCCCAGAAGCACCUCAGGAGGAGGCUUCUCUCAGCAAUAGGCUCAAGACGUAUGCCAAUUUCCCAGAAGCACCUCAGGAGGAGGCUUCUCUCAGCAACAGGCUCAAGACGUAUGCCAACUUCCCAGAAGCACCUCAGGAGGAGGCUUCUCUCAGCACUAGGCUCAAGACGUAUGCCAACUUCCCAGAAGCACCUCAGGAGGAGGCUUCUCUCAGCAAUAGGCUCAAGACGUAUGCCAAUUUCCCAGAAGCACCACAGGAGGAGGCUUCUCUCAGCAAUAGGCUCAAGACGUAUGCCAAUUUCCCAGAAGCACCUCAGGAGGAGGCUUCUCUCAGCAAUAGGCUCAAGACGUAUGCCAACUUCCCAGAAGCACCUCAGGAGGAGGCUUCUCUAAGCAAUAGGCUCAAGACGUAUGCCAAUUUCCCAGAAGCACCUCAGGAGGAGGCUUCUCUCAGCAAUAGGCUCAAGACGUAUGCCAACUUCCCAGAAGCACCUCAGGAGGAGGCUUCUCUCAGCAAUAGGCUCAAGACGUAUGCCAAUUUCCCAGAAGCACCUCAGGAGGAGGCUUCUCUCAGCAACAGGCUCAAGACGUAUGCCAACUUCCCAGAAGGACCUCAGGAGGAGGCUUCUCUCAGCAAUAGGCUCAAGACGUAUGCCAACUUCCCAGAAGCACCUCAGGAGGAGGCUUCUCUCAGCAAUAGGCUCAAGACGUAUGCCAAUUUCCCAGAAGCACCUCAGGAGGAGGCUUCUCUCAGCAAUAGGCUCAAGACAUAUGCCAACUUCCCAGAAGCACCUCAGGAGGAGGCUUCUCUCAGCAAUAGGCUCAAGACGUAUGCGAAUUUCCCUGAAGCACCUCAGGAGGAAGCUUCUCUCAGCAAUAGGCUCAAGACGUAUGCCAACUUCCCAGAAGCACAUCAGGAGGAGGCUUCUCUCAGCAAUAGGCUCAAGACGUAUGCCAACUUCCCAGAAGCACCUCAGGAGGAGGCUUCUCUCAGCAAUAGGCUCAAGACGUAUGCCAACUUCCCAGAAGCACCUCAGGAGGAGGCUUCUCUCAGCAAUAGGCUCAAGACGUAUGCCAAUUUCCCAGAAGCACCUCAGGAGGAGGCUUCUCUCAGCAAUAGGCUCAAGACAUAUGCCAACUUCCCAGAAGCACCUCAGGAGGAGGCUUCUCUCAGCAAUAGGCUCAAGACGUAUGCGAAUUUCCCUGAAGCACCUCAGGAGGAAGCUUCUCUCAGCAAUAGGCUCAAGACGUAUGCCAACUUCCCAGAAGCACAUCAGGAGGAGGCUUCUCUCAGCAAUAGGCUCAAGACGUAUGCCAACUUCCCAGAAGCACCUCAGGAGGAGGCUUCUCUCAGCAAUAGGCUCAAGACGUAUGCCACCUUUCCAGAAGCACAUCAGGAGGAGGCUUCUCUCAGCAAUAGGCUCAAGACGUAUGCCAACUUCCCAGAAGCACCUCAGGAGGAGGCUUCUCUCAGCAAUAGGCUCAAGACGUAUGCCAACUUCCCAGAAGCACCUCAGGAGGAGGCUUCUCUCAGCAAUAGGCUCAAGACGUAUGCCAACUUCCCAGAAGCACCUCAGGAGGAGUCUUCUCUCAGCAAUAGGCUCAAGACGUAUGCCAACUUCCCAGAAGCACCUCAGGAAGAGGCUUCUCUCAGCAAUAGGCUCAAGACGUAUGCCAACUUCCCAGAAGCACCUCAGGAGGAGGCUUCUCUCAGCAAUAGGCUCAAGACGUAUGCCAACUUCCCAGAAGCACCUCAGGAAGAGGCUUCUCUCAGCAAUAGGCUCAAGACGUAUGCCAACUUCCCAGAAGCACCUCAGGAGGAGGCUUCUCUCAGCAAUAGGCUCAAGACGUAUGCCAACUUCCCAGAAGCACCUCAGGAGGAGUCUUCUCUCAGCAAUAGGCUCAAGACGUAUGCCAACUUCCCAGAAGCACCUCAGGAGGAGGCUUCUCUCAGCAAUAGGCUCAAGACGUAUGCCAACUUCCCAGAAGCACCUCAGGAGGAGGCUUCUCUCAGCAAUAGGCUCAAGACGUAUGCCAAUUUCCCAGAAGCACCUCAGGAGGAGGCUUCUCUCAGCAAUAGGCUCAAGACGUAUGCCAACUUCCCAGAAGCACCUCAGGAGGAGGCUUCUCUCAGCAAUAGGCUCAAGACGUAUGCCAAUUUCCCAGAAGCACCUCAGGAGGAGGCUUCUCUCAGCAAUAGGCUCAAGACGUAUGCCAAUUUCCCAGAAGCACCUCAGGAGGAGGCUUCUCUCAGCAAUAGGCUCAAGACGUAUGCCAACUUCCCAGAAGCACCUCAGGAGGAGGCUUCUCUCAGCAAUAGGCUCAAGACGUAUGCCAAUUUCCCAGAAGCACCACAGGAGGAGGCUUCUCUCAGCAAUAGGCUCAAGACGUAUGCCAAUUUCCCAGAAGCACCUCAGGAGGAGGCUUCUCUCAGCAAUAGGCUCAAGACGUAUGCCAACUUCCCAGAAGCACCUCAGGAGGAGGCUUCUCUAAGCAAUAGGCUCAAGACGUAUGCCAAUUUCCCAGAAGCACCUCAGGAGGAGGCUUCUCUCAGCAAUAGGCUCAAGACGUAUGCCAACUUCCCAGAAGCACCUCAGGAGGAGGUUUCUCUCAGCAAUAGGCUCAAGACGUAUGCCAAUUUCCCAGAAGCACCUCAGGAGGAGGCUUCUCUCAGCAACAGGCUCAAGACGUAUGCCAACUUCCCAGAAGGACCUCAGGAGGAGGCUUCUCUCAGCAAUAGGCUCAAGACGUAUGCCAACUUCCCAGAAGCACCUCAGGAGGAGGCUUCUCUCAGCAAUAGGCUCAAGACGUAUGCCAACUUCCCAGAAGCACCUCAGGAGGAGGCUUCUCUCAGCAAUAGGCUCAAGACGUAUGCCAAUUUCCCAGAAGCACCUCAGGAGGAGGCUUCUCUCAGCAAUAGGCUCAAGACAUAUGCCAACUUCCCAGAAGCACCUCAGGAGGAGGCUUCUCUCAGCAAUAGGCUCAAGACGUAUGCGAAUUUCCCUGAAGCACCUCAGGAGGAAGCUUCUCUCAGCAAUAGGCUCAAGACGUAUGCCAACUUCCCAGAAGCACAUCAGGAGGAGGCUUCUCUCAGCAAUAGGCUCAAGACGUAUGCCAACUUCCCAGAAGCACCUCAGGAGGAGGCUUCUCUCAGCAAUAGGCUCAAGACGUAUGCCAACUUCCCAGAAGCACCUCAGGAGGAGGCUUCUCUCAGCAAUAGGCUCAAGACGUAUGCCAAUUUCCCAGAAGCACCUCAGGAGGAGGCUUCUCUCAGCAAUAGGCUCAAGACAUAUGCCAACUUCCCAGAAGCACCUCAGGAGGAGGCUUCUCUCAGCAAUAGGCUCAAGACGUAUGCGAAUUUCCCUGAAGCACCUCAGGAGGAAGCUUCUCUCAGCAAUAGGCUCAAGACGUAUGCCAACUUCCCAGAAGCACAUCAGGAGGAGGCUUCUCUCAGCAAUAGGCUCAAGACGUAUGCCAACUUCCCAGAAGCACCUCAGGAGGAGGCUUCUCUCAGCAAUAGGCUCAAGACGUAUGCCACCUUUCCAGAAGCACAUCAGGAGGAGGCUUCUCUCAGCAAUAGGCUCAAGACGUAUGCCAACUUCCCAGAAGCACCUCAGGAGGAGGCUUCUCUCAGCAAUAGGCUCAAGACGUAUGCCAACUUCCCAGAAGCACCUCAGGAGGAGGCUUCUCUCAGCAAUAGGCUCAAGACGUAUGCCAACUUCCCAGAAGCACCUCAGGAGGAGUCUUUUCUCAGCAAUAGGCUCAAGACGUAUGCCAACUUCCCAGAAGCACCUCAGGAGGAGGCUUCUCUCAGCAAUAGGCUCAAGACGUAUGCCAACUUCCCAGAAGCACCUCAGGAGGAGGCUUCUCUCAGCAAUAGGCUCAAGACGUAUGCCAACUUCCCAGAAGCACCUCAGGAGGAGUCUUCUCUCAGCAAUAGGCUCAAGACGUAUGCCAACUUCCCAGAAGCACCUCAGGAGGAGGCUUCUCUCAGCAAUAGGCUCAAGACGUAUGCCAACUUCCCAGAAGCACCUCAGGAGGAGGCUUCUCUCAGCAAUAGGCUCAAGACGUAUGCCAAUUUCCCAGAAGCACCUCAGGAGGAGGCUUCUCUCAGCAAUAGGCUCAAGACGUAUGCCAACUUCCCAGAAGCACCUCAGGAGGAGGCUUCUCUCAGCAAUAGGCUCAAGACGUAUGCCAAUUUCCCAGAAGCACCUCAGGAGGAGGCUUCUCUCAGCAAUAGGCUCAAGACGUAUGCCAAUUUCCCAGAAGCACCUCAGGAGGAGGCUUCUCUCAGCAAUAGGCUCAAGACGUAUGCCAACUUCCCAGAAGCACCUCAGGAGGAGGCUUCUCUCAGCAAUAGGCUCAAGACGUAUGCCAACUUCCCAGAAGCAUAUCAGGAAGAGGCUUCUCUCAGCAAUAGGCUCAAGACGUAUGCCAACUUCCCAGAAGCACCUCAGGAGGAGGCUUCUCUCAGCAAUAGGCUCAAGACGUAUGCCAACUUCCCAGAAGCACAUCAGGAGGAGGCUUCUCUCAGCAAUAGGCUCAAGACGUAUGCCAACUUCCCAGAAGCACCUCAGGAGGAGGCUUCUCUCAGCAAUAGGCUCAAGACGUAUGCCAACUUCCCAGAAGCACCUCAGGAGGAGUCUUCUCUCAGCAAUAGGCUCAAGACGUAUGCCAACUUCCCAGAAGCACCUCAGGAGGAGGCUUCUCUCAGCAAUAGGCUCAAGACGUAUGCCAACUUCCCAGAAGCACCUCAGGAGGAGGCUUCUCUCAGCAAUAGGCUCAAGACGUAUGCCAAUUUCCCAGAAGCACCUCAGGAGGAGGCUUCUCUCAGCAAUAGGCUCAAGACGUAUGCCAACUUCCCAGAAGCACCUCAGGAGGAGGCUUCUCUCAGCAAUAGGCUCAAGACGUAUGCCAAUUUCCCAGAAGCACCUCAGGAGGAGGCUUCUCUCAGCAAUAGGCUCAAGACGUAUGCCAAUUUCCCAGAAGCACCUCAGGAGGAGGCUUCUCUCAGCAAUAGGCUCAAGACGUAUGCCAACUUCCCAGAAGGACCUCAGGAGGAGGCUUCUCUCAGCAAUAGGCUCAAGACGUAUGCCAACUUCCCAGAAGCACCUCAGGAGGAGGCUUCUCUCAGCAAUAGGCUCAAGACGUAUGCCAACUUCCCAGAAGCACCUCAGGAGGAGGCUUCUCUCAGCAAUAGGCUCAAGACGUAUGCCAAUUUCCCAGAAGCACCUCAGGAGGAGGCUUCUCUCAGCAACAGGCUCAAGACGUAUGCCAACUUCCCAGAAGCACAUCAGGAGGAGGCUUCUCUCAGCAAUAGGCUCAAGACGUAUGCCAACUUCCCAGAAGCACCUCAGGAGGAGGCUUCUCUCAGCAAUAGGCUCAAGACGUAUGCCAACUUCCCAGAAGCACAUCAGGAGGAGGCUUCUCUCAGCAAUAGGCUCAAGACGUAUGCCAACUUCCAAGAAGCACCUCAGGAGGAGGCUUCUCUCAGCAAUAGGCUCAAGACGUAUGCCAACUUCCCAGAAGCACCUCAGGAGGAGGCUUCUCUCAGCAAUAGGCUCAAGACGUAUGCCAACUUCCCAGAAGCACCUCAGGAGGAGGCUUCUCUCAGCAAUAGGCUCAAGACGUAUGCCAACUUCCCAGAAGCACCUCAGGAGCAGGCUUCUCUCAGCAAUAGGCUCAAGACGUAUGCCAACUUCCCAGAAGCACCUCAGGAGGAGGCUUCUCUCAGCAAUAGGCUCAAGACGUAUGCCAAUUUCCCAGAAGCACCUCAGGAGGAGGCUUCUCUCAGCAACAGGCUCAAGACGUAUGCCAACUUCCCAGAAGCACCUCAGGAGGAGGCUUCUCUCAGCAAUAGGCUCAAGACGUAUGCCAACUUCCCAGAAGCACCUCAGGAGGAGGCUUCUCUCAGCAAUAGGCUCAAGACGUAUGCCAAUUUCCCAGAAGCACCUCAGGAGGAGGCUUCUCUCAGCAACAGGCUCAAGACGUAUGCCAACUUCCCAGAAGCACCUCAGGAGGAGGCUUCUCUCAGCAAUAGGCUCAAGACGUAUGCCAAUUUCCCAGAAGCACCUCAGGAGGAGGCUUCUCUCAGCAACAGGCUCAAGACGUAUGCCAACUUCCCAGAAGCACCUCAGGAGGAGGCUUCUCUCAGCAAUAGGCUCAAGACGUAUGCCAACUUCCCAGAAGCACCUCAGGAGGAGGCUUCUCUCAGCAAUAGGCUCAAGACGUAUGCCAACUUCCCAGAAGCACCUCAGGAGGAGGCUUCUCUCAGCAAUAGGCUCAAGACGUAUGCCAACUUCCCAGAAGCACCUCAGGAGGAGGCUUCUCUCAGCAAUAGGCUCAAGACGUAUGCCAACUUCCCAGAAGCACCUCAGGAGGAGGCUUCUCUCAGCAAUAGGCUCAAGACGUAUGCCAAUUUCCCAGAAGCACCUCAGGAGGAGGCUUCUCUCAGCAACAGGCUCAAGACGUAUGCCAACUUCCCAGAAGCACCUCAGGAGGAGGCUUCUCUCAGCAAUAGGCUCAAGACGUAUGCCAACUUCCCAGAAGCACCUCAGGAGGAGGCUUCUCUCAGCAAUAGGCUCAAGACGUAUGCCAACUUCAGAGAAGCACCUCAGGAGGAGGCUUCUCUCAGCAAUAGGCUCAAGACGUAUGCCAACUUCCCAGAAGCACCUCAGGAGGAGGCUUCUCUCAGCAAUAGGCUCAAGACGUAUGCCAACUUCCCAGAAGGACCUCAGGAGGAGGCUUCUCUCAGCAAUAGGCUCAAGACGUACGCCAACUUCCCAGAAGCACCUCAGGAGGAGGCUUCUCUCAGCAAUAGGCUCAAGACGUAUGCCAACUUCCCAGAAGGACCUCAGGAGGAGGCUUCUCUCAGCAAUAGGCUCAAGACGUAUGCGAACUUCCCAGAAGGACCUCAGGAGGAGGCUUCUCUCAGCAAUAGGCUCAAGACGUAUGCCAACUUCCCAGAAGCACCUCAGGAGGAGGCUUCUCUCAGCAAUAGGCUCAAGACGUAUGCCAACUUCCCAGAAGCACCUCAGGAGGAGGCUUCUCUCAGCAAUAGGCUCAAGACGUAUGCCAACUUCCCAGAAGGACCUCAGGAGGAGGCUUCUCUCAGCAAUAGGCUCAAGACGUAUGCCAACUUCCCAGAAGCACCUCAGGAGGAGGCUUCUCUCAGCAAUAGGCUCAAGACGUAUGCCAACUUCCCAGAAGGACCUCAGGAGGAGGCUUCUCUCAGCAAUAGGCUCAAGACGUAUGCCAACUUCCCAGAAGCACCUCAGGAGGAGGCUUCUCUCAGCAAUAGGCUCAAGACGUAUGCCAACUUCCCAGAAGCACCUCAGGAGGAGGCUUCUCUCAGCAAUAGGCUCAAGACGUAUGCCAACUUCCCAGAAGCACCUCAGGAGGAGGCUUCUCUCAGCAAUAGGCUCAAGACGUAUGCCAACUUCCCAGAAGGACCUCAGGAGGAGGCUUCUCUCAGCAAUAGGCUCAAGACGUAUGCCAACUUCCCAGAAGCACCUCAGGAGGAGGCUUCUCUCAGCAAUAGGCUCAAGACGUAUGCCAACUUCCCAGAAGCACCUCAGGAGGAGGCUUCUCUCAGCAAUAGGCUCAAGACGUAUGCCAACUUCCCAGAAGCACCUCAGGAGGAGGCUUCUCUCAGCAAUAGGCUCAAGACGUAUGCCAACUUCCCAGAAGGACCUCAGGAGGAGGCUUCUCUCAGCAAUAGGCUCAAGACGUAUGCCAACUUCCCAGAAGCACCUCAGGAGGAGGCUUCUCUCAGCAAUAGGCUCAAGACGUAUGCCAACUUCCCAGAAGCACCUCAGGAGGAGGCUUCUCUCAGCAAUAGGCUCAAGACGUAUGCCAACUUCCCAGAAGGACCUCAGGAGGAGGCUUCUCUCAGCAAUAGGCUCAAGACGUAUGCCAACUUCCCAGAAGGACCUCAGGAGGAGGCUUCUCUCAGCAAUAGGCUCAAGACGUAUGCCAACUUCCCAGAAGGACCUCAGGAGGAGGCUUCUCUCAGCAAUAGGCUCAAGACGUAUGCCAACUUCCCAGAAGCACCUCAGGAGGAGGCUUCUCUCAGCAAUAGGCUCAAGACGUAUGCCAACUUCCCAGAAGGACCUCAGGAGGAGGCUUCUCUCAGCAAUAGGCUCAAGACGUAUGCCAACCUCCCAGAAGCACCUCAGGAGGAGGCUUCUCUCAGCAAUAGGUUCAAGACGUAUGCCAACUUCCCAGAAGGACCUCAGGAGGAGUAUUCUCUCAGCAAUAGGCUCAAGACGUAUGCCAACUUCCCAGAAGCACCUCAGGAGGAGGCUUCUCUCAGCAAUAGGCUCAAGACGUAUGCCAACUUCCCAGAAGCACCUCAGGAGGAGGCUUCUCUCAGCAAUAGGCUCAAGACGUAUGCCAACUUCCCAGAAGCACCUCAGGAGGAGGCUUCUCUCAGCAAUAGGCUCAAGACGUAUGCCAACUUCCCAGAAGCACCUCAGGAGGAGGCUUCUCUCAGCAAUAGGCUCAAGACGUAUGCCAACUUCCCAGAAGCACCUCAGGAGGAGGCUUCUCUCAGCAAUAGGCUCAAGACGUAUGCCAACUUCCCAGAAGGACCUCAGGAGGAGGCUUCUCUCAGCAAUAGGCUCAAGACGUAUGCCAACCUCCCAGAAGCACCUCAGGAGGAGGCUUCUCUCAGCAAUAGGUUCAAGACGUAUGCCAACUUCCCAGAAGGACCUCAGGAGGAGUAUUCUCUCAGCAAUAGGCUCAAGACGUAUGCCAACUUCCCAGAAGCACCUCAGGAGGAGGCUUCUCUCAGCAAUAGGCUCAAGCCGUAUGCCAACUUCCCAGAAGGACCUCAGGAGGAGGCUUCUCUCAGCAAUAGGCUCAAGCGGUAUGCCAACUUCCCAGAAGCACCUCAGGAGGAGGCUUCUCUCAGCAAUAGGCUCAAGCCGUAUGCCAACUUCCCAGAAGGACCUCAGGAGGAGGCUUCUCUCAGCAAUAGGCUCAAGCCGUAUGCCAACUUCCCAGAAGGACCUCAGGAGGAGGCUUCUCUCAGCAAUAGGCUCAAGCCGUAUGCCAACUUCCCAGAAGGACCUCAGGAGGAGGCUUCUCUCAGCAAUAGGCUCAAGACGUAUGCCAACUUCCCAGAAGCACCUCAGGAGGAGGCUUCUCUCAGCAAUAGGCUCAAGCCGUAUGCCAACUUCCCAGAAGGACCUCAGGAGGAGGCUUCUCUCAGCAAUAGGCUCAAGCCGUAUGCCAACUUCCCAGAAGGACCUCAGGAGGAGGCUUCUCUCAGCAAUAGGCUCAAGCCGUAUGCCAACUUCCCAGAAGGACCUCAGGAGGAGGCUUCUCUCAGCAAUAGGCUCAAGACGUAUGCCAACUUCCCAGAAGCACCUCAGGAGGAGGCUUCUCUCAGCAAUAGGCUCAAGACGUAUGCCAACUUCCCAGAAGCACCUCAGGAGGAGGCUUCUCUCAGCAAUAGGCUCAAGCCGUAUGCCAACUUCCCAGAAGGACCUCAGGAGGAGGCUUCUCUCAGCAAUAGGCUCAAGCCGUAUGCCAACUUCCCAGAAGGACCUCAGGAGGAGGCUUCUCUCAGCAAUAGGCUCAAGACGUAUGCCAACUUCCCAGAAGCACCUCAGGAGGAGGCUUCUCUCAGCAAUAGGUUCAAGACGUAUGCCAACUUCCCAGAAGCACCUCAGGAGGAGGCAUCUCUCAGCAAUAGGCUCAAGACGUACGCCAACUUCCCAGAAGGACCUCAGGAGGAGGCUUCUCUCAGCAAUAGGCUCAAGACGUAUGCCAACUUCCCAGAAGCACCUCAGGAGGAGGCUUCUCUCAGCAAUAGGCUCAAGACGUAUGCCAACUUCCCAGAAGCACCUCAGGAGGAGGCUUAUCUCAGCAAUAGGCUCAAGACGUACGCCAACUUCCCAGAAGGACCUCAGGAGGAGGCUUCUCUCAGCAAUAGGUUCAAGACGUAUGCCAGCUUCCCAGAAGCACCUCAGGAGGAGGCUUCUCUCAGCAAUAGGUUCAAGACGUAUGCCAACUUCCCAGAAGCACCUCAGGAGGAGGCUUCUCUCAGCAAUAGGCUCAAGACGUAUGCCAACUUCCCAGAAGCACCUCAGGAGGAGGCUUCUCUCAGCAAUAGGCUCAAGACGUAUGCCAACUUCCCAGAAGCACCUCAGGAGGAGGCUUCUCUCAGCAAUAGGCUCAAGACGUACGCCAACUUCCCAGAAGGACCUCAGGAGGAGGCUUCUCUCAGCAAUAGGCUCAAGACGUAUGCGAACUUCCCAGAAGCACCUCAGGAGGAGGCUUCUCUCAGCAAUAGGCUCAAGACGUACGCCAACUUCCCAGAAGGACCUCAGGAGGAGGCUUCUCUCAGCAAUAGGCUCAAGACGUAUGCGAACUUCCCAGAAGCACCUCAGGAGGAGGCUUCUCUCAGCAAUAGGCUCAAGACGUACGCCAACUUCCCAGAAGGACCUCAGGAGGAGGCUUCUCUCAGCAAUAGGCUCAAGACGUACGCCAACUUCCCAGAAGGAUCUCAGGAGGAGGCUUCUCUCAGCAAUAGGCUCAAGACGUAUGCCAACUUCCCAGAAGCACCUCAGGAGGAGGCUUCUCUCAGCAAUAGGCUCAAGACGUAUGCCAACUUCCCAGAAGCACCUCAGGAGGAGGCUUCUCUCAGCAAUAGGCUCAAGACGUAUGCCAACUUCCCAGAAGCACCUCAGGAGGAGGCUUCUCUCAGCAAUAGGCUCAAGACGUAUGCCAACUUCCCAGAAGCACCUCAGGAGGAGGCUUCUCUCAGCAAUAGGCUCAAGACGUAUGCCAACUUCCCAGAAGCACCUCAGGAGGAGGCUUCUCUCAGCAAUAGGCUCAAGACGUAUGCCAACUUCCCAGAAGCACCUCAGGAGGAGGCUUCUCUCAGCAAUAGGCUCAAGACGUAUGCCAACUUCCCAGAAGCACCUCAGGAGGAGGCUUCUCUCAGCAAUAGGCUCAAGACGUAUGCCAACUUCCCAGAAGCACCUCAGGAGGAGGCUUCUCUCAGCAAUAGGCUCAAGACGUAUGCCAACUUCCCAGAAGCACCUCAGGAGGAGGCUUCUCUCAGCAAUAGGCUCAAGACGUAUGCCAACUUCCCAGAAGCACCUCAGGAGGAGGCUUCUCUCAGCAAUAGGCUCAAGACGUAUGCCAACUUCCCAGAAGGACCUCAGGAGGAGGCUUCUCUCAGCAAUAGGCUCAAGACGUAUGCCAACUUCCCAGAAGGACCUCAGGAGGAGGCUUCUCUCAGCAAUAGGCUCAAGACGUAUGCCAACUUCCCAGAAGCACCUCAGGAGGAGGCUUCUCUCAGCAAUAGGCUCAAGACGUAUGCCAACUUCCCAGAAGGACCUCAGGAGGAGGCUUCUCUCAGCAAUAGGCUCAAGACGUAUGCCAACUUCCCAGAAGGACCUCAGGAGGAGGCUUCUCUCAGCAAUAGGCUCAAGACGUAUGCCAACUUCCCAGAAGCACCUCAGGAGGAGGCUUCUCUCAGCAAUAGGCUCAAGACGUAUGCCAACUUCCCAGAAGGACCUCAGGAGGAGGCUUCUCUCAGCAAUAGGCUCAAGACGUAUGCCAACCUCCCAGAAGCACCUCAGGAGGAGGCUUCUCUCAGCAAUAGGUUCAAGACGUAUGCCAACUUCCCAGAAGGACCUCAGGAGGAGUAUUCUCUCAGCAAUAGGCUCAAGACGUAUGCCAACUUCCCAGAAGCACCUCAGGAGGAGGCUUCUCUCAGCAAUAGGCUCAAGACGUAUGCCAACUUCCCAGAAGCACCUCAGGAGGAGGCUUCUCUCAGCAAUAGGCUCAAGACGUAUGCCAACUUCCCAGAAGCACCUCAGGAGGAGGCUUCUCUCAGCAAUAGGCUCAAGACGUAUGCCAACUUCCCAGAAGCACCUCAGGAGGAGGCUUCUCUCAGCAAUAGGCUCAAGACGUAUGCCAACUUCCCAGAAGCACCUCAGGAGGAGGCUUCUCUCAGCAAUAGGCUCAAGACGUAUGCCAACUUCCCAGAAGGACCUCAGGAGGAGGCUUCUCUCAGCAAUAGGCUCAAGACGUAUGCCAACCUCCCAGAAGCACCUCAGGAGGAGGCUUCUCUCAGCAAUAGGCUCAAGACGUAUGCCAACUUCCCAGAAGCACCUCAGGAGGAGGCUUCUCUCAGCAAUAGGCUCAAGCCGUAUGCCAACUUCCCAGAAGGACCUCAGGAGGAGGCUUCUCUCAGCAAUAGGCUCAAGACGUAUGCCAACUUCCCAGAAGCACCUCAGGAGGAGGCUUCUCUCAGCAAUAGGCUCAAGCCGUAUGCCAACUUCCCAGAAGGACCUCAGGAGGAGGCUUCUCUCAGCAAUAGGCUCAAGCCGUAUGCCAACUUCCCAGAAGGACCUCAGGAGGAGGCUUCUCUCAGCAAUAGGCUCAAGACGUAUGCCAACUUCCCAGAAGCACCUCAGGAGGAGGCUUCUCUCAGCAAUAGGCUCAAGCCGUAUGCCAACUUCCCAGAAGGACCUCAGGAGGAGGCUUCUCUCAGCAAUAGGCUCAAGCCGUAUGCCAACUUCCCAGAAGGACCUCAGGAGGAGGCUUCUCUCAGCAAUAGGCUCAAGACGUAUGCCAACUUCCCAGAAGCACCUCAGGAGGAGGCUUCUCUCAGCAAUAGGCUCAAGCCGUAUGCCAACUUCCCAGAAGGACCUCAGGAGGAGGCUUCUCUCAGCAAUAGGCUCAAGCCGUAUGCCAACUUCCCAGAAGGACCUCAGGAGGAGGCUUCUCUCAGCAAUAGGCUCAAGACGUAUGCCAACUUCCCAGAAGCACCUCAGGAGGAGGCUUCUCUCAGCAAUAGGCUCAAGCCGUAUGCCAACUUCCCAGAAGGACCUCAGGAGGAGGCUUCUCUCAGCAAUAGGCUCAAGACGUAUGCCAACUUCCCAGAAGCACCUCAGGAGGAGGCUUCUCUCAGCAAUAGGUUCAAGACGUAUGCCAACUUCCCAGAAGCACCUCAGGAGGAGGCAUCUCUCAGCAAUAGGCUCAAGACGUACGCCAACUUCCCAGAAGGACCUCAGGAGGAGGCUUCUCUCAGCAAUAGGCUCAAGACGUAUGCCAACUUCCCAGAAGCACCUCAGGAGGAGGCUUCUCUCAGCAAUAGGCUCAAGACGUAUGCCAACUUCCCAGAAGCACCUCAGGAGGAGGCUUAUCUCAGCAAUAGGCUCAAGACGUACGCCAACUUCCCAGAAGGACCUCAGGAGGAGGCUUCUCUCAGCAAUAGGUUCAAGACGUAUGCCAGCUUCCCAGAAGCACCUCAGGAGGAGGCUUCUCUCAGCAAUAGGUUCAAGACGUAUGCCAACUUCCCAGAAGCACCUCAGGAGGAGGCUUCUCUCAGCAAUAGGCUCAAGACGUAUGCCAACUUCCCAGAAGCACCUCAGGAGGAGGCUUCUCUCAGCAAUAGGCUCAAGACGUAUGCCAACUUCCCAGAAGCACCUCAGGAGGAGGCUUCUCUCAGCAAUAGGCUCAAGACGUACGCCAACUUCCCAGAAGGACCUCAGGAGGAGGCUUCUCUCAGCAAUAGGCUCAAGACGUAUGCCAACUUCCCAGAAGCACCUCAGGAGGAGGCUUCUCUCAGCAAUAGGCUCAAGACGUACGCCAACUUCCCAGAAGGACCUCAGGAGGAGGCUUCUCUCAGCAAUAGGCUCAAGACGUACGCCAACUUCCCAGAAGGAUCUCAGGAGGAGGCUUCUCUCAGCAAUAGGCUCAAGACGUAUGCCAACUUCCCAGAAGCACCUCAGGAGGAGGCUUCUCUCAGCAAUAGGCUCAAGACGUAUGCCAACUUCCCAGAAGCACCUCAGGAGGAGGCUUCUCUCAGCAAUAGGCUCAAGACGUAUGCCAACUUCCCAGAAGCACCUCAGGAGGAGGCUUCUCUCAGCAAUAGGCUCAAGACGUAUGCCAACUUCCCAGAAGCACCUCAGGAGGAGGCUUCUCUCAGCAAUAGGCUCAAGACGUAUGCCAACUUCCCAGAAGCACCUCAGGAGGAGGCUUCUCUCAGCAAUAGGCUCAAGACGUAUGCCAACUUCCCAGAAGCACCUCAGGAGGAGGCUUCUCUCAGCAAUAGGCUCAAGACGUAUGCCAACUUCCCAGAAGCACCUCAGGAGGAGGCUUCUCUCAGCAAUAGGCUCAAGACGUAUGCCAACUUCCCAGAAGCACCUCAGGAGGAGGCUUCUCUCAGCAAUAGGCUCAAGACGUAUGCCAACUUCCCAGAAGCACCUCAGGAGGAGGCUUCUCUCAGCAAUAGGCUCAAGACGUAUGCCAACUUCCCAGAAGCACCUCAGGAGGAGGCUUCUCUCAGCAAUAGGCUCAAGACGUAUGCCAACUUCCCAGAAGCACCUCAGGAGGAGGCUUCUCUCAGCAAUAGGCUCAAGACGUAUGCCAACUUCCCAGAAGCACCUCAGGAGGAGGCUUCUCUCAGCAAUAGGCUCAAGACGUAUGCCAACUUCCCAGAAGCACCUCAGGAGGAGGCUUCUCUCAGCAAUAGGCUCAAGACGUAUGCCAACUACCCAGAAGCACCUCAGGAGGAGGCUUCUCUCAGCAAUAGGCUCAAGACGUAUGCCAACUUCCCAGAAGCACCUCAGGAGGAGUCUUCUCUCAGCAAUAGGCUCAAGACGUAUGCCAACUACCCAGAAGCACCUCAGGAGGAGGCUUCUCUCAGCAAUAGGCUCAAGACGUAUGCCAACUUCCCAGAAGCACCUCAGGAGGAGUCUUCUCUCAGCAAUAGGCUCAAGACGUAUGCCAACUUCCCAGAAGCACCUCAGGAGGAGGCUUCUCUCAGCAAUAGGCUCAAGACGUAUGCCAACUUCCCAGAAGCACCUCAGGAGGAGGCUUCUCUCAGCAAUAGGCUCAAGACGUAUGCCAACUUUCCAGAAGCACCUCAAGAGGAGGCUUCUCUCAGCAAUAGGGCCAUCCCCGCCGUAAGUCGAGAACAUACCCCAGGUCCCCGUCGAAACUCGAGAAAAACCAUGAGACUUCCCCCUAGAUGCGAGAUGAGGCCCGAUUUCAAUGCAUUGCAUGCAGAGCAAUUCCGUGAUCCCCAUCAAAGAAGUCAGGAGCUUCGACUUGCUUAA